UCUUUUAUUCAGAAUCAUUACUCAUUUUAAUGAAUUCUGAAAAAUUUAUGAAACUAUUUAACAAAAGAAAAAUAGAACCUUCCAUCUUCUAGCCAAAAACUUCCACCACCCUCCAAAUUAAGCUUCUCUUCAUGCAAUUCCAAUUAAUUAGCUUUUGUAUGGUCAUAUGAUGUCUUAUUCUAUUCUUCAUACCAGCUUUUGACCAUCCCAUUCUGUGAAUAUGCAGAGGAACAAGAUCUGAUUAGUCAAAUUCUCCGAGAGCGAAUCGAAGGUUUUGUCAAUCUAAAUUUGGUAAUAUUCUUCAUCAUCAAUCUAGUUGUGAUAAUUAAGCAAAGGAAAAAUGGAUGAUCAAGGAGCUGGAAACAAAGUGACAGGUAUUAGACAGAUUGUGAGACUCAAAGAGUUAUUGCAUAAAUGGCAAAAUGUUACACUUAGUCCCAAAGCAAACAACAACCAAAACCAUUGCACUAAUGGCCAUUUUCAAUCAUCUAACAAUAGUAAUGGAAAUAUUUAUGGAGGCAUAUCACCAGCUAUAAUGAAGAGGUUAAAGAGUUCAAAUAUAUGUUGCGAUUCAGACGACGAAAGUUGCCAGAGUCCAGAGCCACCACAUGGUGUUCCAAAAGGUUAUUUAGCUGUUUAUGUUGGACCUGAACUUAGAAGAUUUAUAAUUCCUACAAGUUAUCUUAGUGAUCCUUUGUUCAAAGUUUUGUUGGAAAAAGUUGAAGAAGAAUUUGGAUUUGAUCAUACUGGUGGACUUACUAUUCCUUGUGAGAUUGAGACUUUUAAGUACUUACUUCAGUGUAUGGAAAAUCAUCAAAGAGAUCAUGGUUCUGAUCAUCAACAUGAUUCUGCUGGCUCUUCAUUGCAAAUUGAGGGGUGAUUUAGUGAUGGUUGAAACUUUAGGGAUGAUUUUUUCUUUCUUUUUCCUUGUUCUGGUGUUAAUUAAGCUAAGAAUAUCUCCUUGUAAUGCAGAUUUGACAAUUUUUCUUUUUUUUUUUUUUUAAACUUUCUACCUUUGUAUUUAAAGUUGAUGAAAAAAGGAAAGCGAAAAAAAAGGGUACUCUAGUUAGUUAGAAUUUUAACAAGGUUCAUUGGCAAGAAUUUGUUGGUAAUAGCCUACAAUAUCUUAGUGGUUAUUGACAACUAUUGCAUUUUUAAGCAAAAUAGACAAAGUGUAUUUUACAUCUCCUGUGCAUUUAAUAUAAGUUGAAGUUUUGAUUUUGUCUCUA